AUGAAUUGGUGUUUUAAUUUGACUUUUUUCGUAUUUUUAUGUGUGUAUCAAACAUCAGGAGCUGAAGAAAAUAUUUGCCAAGAUGGACAAUAUUAUGAGAAAGAAUCUAAUAUUUGUCGGAAUUGUACAAAAUGUCCGAUAAACUUAAUUAUCCGAACAGAUUGUACAAAUUUAUCCGACACAAUUUGUAGUCAUUUCACAGAAUUUGACAAUUUCCGAAAUGAAAUCCCGUAUGGAACUCAAGAGGAGAUAACUGUAGUCGAAGAAUCUCCAGAUAUUCCAGAUAUUUUUGAUCGUGACUACAAUCCACGAAUUAUUGAAGAAGUCCCAACUACCAGUUCCGAAGAUAAAUACUGGAAGAACUUAGCUUUUGCGUUGAUUGGAGUUUUAUGUGUCCUGAUAAUAGCGGCUACAAUGGUGGUCUGGUACGCCUGUCGGAAACUCCACGCAUCUGUUCAGAUCAAGAGACCUGAAUAUGAUGAUACAGAUGACCCAGAUAAUGGUUACGUGGUGAUUAGAUCUAUAAGACAUACAGCGCCACCUAGCAACCAACCUUUAUCACAAUCUCGUAUAAACAAUACAAACUAUCAGUUGCUACAGCAACAACAACGUUUGAUACGUCCAUAUCGACCAAAACGUAGAUUAUUAAACGAAUACGCUGAUGAUGUAUUUGAAUCAGAUGAUAGCGGUGGAUCGCGAGCAAGUCGGAGAAUAUUGUGUUCGAUACCAGAACAGAAUGAUGAAUCAACAUCACCAAGAGAGUCCGAAUCGUCGCCUGAAAAACAGCCCAUGGUCUAA